CCCCAUUGGUAGAUCCCCACCGCCCCAGUCUGGCCAUCCGCCCCGCCUCCAAAGUCGCCGACGACGACUUCAUGCAAAAGGGCAAAACCUUUGUUUCCAAGAGAAAGGGAUGGGUUGCUGCAGCAGCCGGAGCUCCGAUUCCCCGGCCAGCCGCGUCGCGCGGUGGCGCUCCACCGGGAUCGUCGCCCUCCGCGACGCCAGAUUGAAGGAAGUACCAAAUGAAGUUCUACAGGUGGGCAAUUCCAUGAGAACUCUGGAUUUGACGAACAACAAGCUAGUUGAGGUUCCCCAAGAAGUUGGCCGACUUGUGAAUAUGCAAAGACUUGUUUUGGCUGGUAAUUUGAUUGAAAACAUCCCUGCUAACAUUGGAUACCUGCGGAACCUUAAAAUCCUCACACUUGACAGAAAUAGGAUCUCUAUCUUGCCUGAAGAAUUGGGUUCUCUGUCAAAUCUUCAGCAACUCUCUAUUUGUCAGAAUUCUUUAUUGUGCCUGCCUAAGAGUUUAGGGGAUUUGCGCAAUAUGUUGCUACUUAAUGUAUCUGAUAACAAACUAAAGGCACUUCCAGAAUCAAUUGGAGGUUGCAAUUCCCUGGAAGAAUUGCAAGCCAAUGGAAAUUCAAUCGAAGAUGUGCCCUCGUCAAUUUGCAACCUUGUUUGCCUUAAAUCCUUAUCUCUGAAUGGCAACAAAAUUCGUCAGCUUCCAGAAAACCUACUGAAAGACUGCAAGGCUCUUCAGAACAUAUCGCUGCACGACAACCCAAUCACAAUGGACCAGUUCCAAGAAAUGGAUGGAUUCAAAGAAUUUGAGGCGCGCAGAAGGAAGAAAUUCGACAAGCAGAUCGAUUCAAAUGUUAUGAUGAGCUCCACGGCCCUGGAUGAAGGGAUUGAUCUGCGAUGAUUUCUUAGAAUUUAUUUGGCUUCUAUUCUUUCUAAUUGGUCUGAACUGAUUGUAGAUUUUGUGUAUAUAUAUCAGUCUAUUCCAUACUCUGAUUUGGCAAAGAAAAACAAUAAAUGCAUGACAUACAUAAAUGAAUUGAAUCCCUGAUUUUUGCUUGAACA